AUCUUCCUCCUCCAUCCAUCCCUUGCUUGUCGCUCGGCCUUGGACCCCGCGACACCUACCCCACUACACACUUUUGAUCCACUCCAUCCAUCCUUCAACAACCUCUUGUCCCUCACACUUUACUCGUACAUCAGCAUACACUGCACAUCGACACACAACAAUGUUCAUAUACAACGUACACGCACCACACAAGACUUUUGCUCUUGCCGCCAAGGAUGGCGAGAACUGCACGCAGCUCAUUGAUAGGAUCCUCACCAAGGCUCGCCUUACCCCAGAGGAGGCCGAGGCAGUUCAGGCCAAGCACGAUGGAGCCGGCAUCGUCUACGAGUUUGAGGGCGAUCGCUGGGCUCUUGAAGAUGAUGACGACCUGGAGAUCGUGACGGCGCGCUUUCAGUCCGAGAAGCCUCCCGUUCCCAGUAUCACCUUGCACAUUCUGCCACCUGCGGGAUCGAGGCUGAACGGGAACCACCACCAGCCCAGCAUCCAAGUCUCUGAGCCUGCUCCUCCCUCCAAGUCUCAGCAGGGGGCUUGGUCUCCGCCCGCGUACUCGUCCGCCAGCGCCUUACAGGCUCGCACACUCGCCAAGUCGUCCAGAUCGCGUGGUGCUCCUUCAGACCACGGAGAACGAGUGCCUAGCCGUCUGGGAUCCCAUGCGGGCUCCUCAGUCGCGGGAUCUGUGAACGGAGAGCGUUAUGUCCGGACAUUGGAUCCCCUCACUGCGGCCAACUACCUCGCGGUCCCAAACUCUGAAAAGUUCAGGACAAAGUCUGUCCGCUCUGGACGCAGCACCAGGUCGCGCCGGAGCAAGUGGGGCGACGACGAUGCCGAGCCGCUGGGCGAUGUGAAGAGACGGCAGUUUGAAGAGUUCCACGCCAACAACGGAGUUCGAACGGUCGUGGGCAAGGUUGGGCCUGUUGAGAAUGUCCGCAUGCUUCUGAAGCAGGGCCACAAGGGCGUGUAUAUUUCUCGCGCCUUUGCUACGCGACACGGGAUGAUCCCUCGGAAGCAACAACCAGGACACGCCGGAUACUCUGGGCUUCAGAUGCUCGGCAGCGUCCCGAUCACUGUCGGAUCACGGACAGCAUACCACCCUGCGAUGCUGUCCGAGGAGCAGCACUUUGACGUGGUGCUCGGCCGCACCUGGUUGGAACGUAUGAACAUCAAGGUGGACCCGUUGGACCAAACCUGCCUCACAUACAUGGACACAGGCGAGACUAUCCCGUGCGACCUGGUUGUUCUUCGUGACGCCAAGGGCGAGAUUAUCACUAUUACUUAGGAGGUGAUCCCCAGCGGCUUGUCAGUUGAUUGUACUACAACCUAAUACUUGGCCGAGGUUCUUGUACGUCCCGGCCUCCUGUACACGCCCAAGGAGAUGUCUCUGGCAUAACACACAUGCAUGCAUAUUCUGUCUGUCGCG